AAUCACGCAAUCCUUAAGAGAUAACUGUCGCGUUAACAUCGUUUUAGUAUCUACGUAUUGGUUUGCACAAACUGGUUGCUGUCAAGUUUACAUGUAAAUGUAUAGUGACUCUGCAAAAAUAUAAUGAAAAAAACAGCAGUGAUUACAGACUUAGAUGGCGAUGAGAAGUGUGCGCGCUCUCUUCCAACAAGAAUUGCUACAUGCGUCAUAACCUUUAAUGCAAUAUUUACAAUGUUGCUUGUGUUUAGCAAUGUGUAUUUGUUUAUCUAUGUCAUUCGGCAGCAGAAAGAUUUGAACAAAAGCGCCUCUACUGAACUACAGCCUGCAAUAAGACCAUUUACGAAGGGUAUUUCAUCUGCACAUAUUGCAGGUGAGGGAAACAAGAUUCGAUCCAAACCACUUCAUGGCGAUAGUUACCGCUUUUCAUCUUGGAAAAAACAGCAUAUUUCUGGAAACAUGACAUACCAUAAAGAUGGUUAUUUGACAGUAAAUGAAAAUGGUAUAUACUAUGUUUACUGUCAAAUAUAUUAUUACGACGGUAACAAUAGUUACACAGGAUUUAACGUUUAUAUUGACGACAGAAGAAUAAUGAAAGCUAUAAAUAGCAUUAUUGGCAAGGAUAAACCUUACCAAACACAUUUUACUGCAGGUGUUUUUAAAAUAAACAAAGGACAGAGAAUUUGGGUUGGAGCAACAAUCACAAGAUCUUUCUACUUUAAUGAAGAUUCCGCAUUCUUUGGUGCAUUUUUAUUGCACUCAUCGUAAUUGCAUUUUGGACAACAGCAAAAUAUUGGUUAUGUAUAUUAUAGACGGUAGCCUACGAGGUAGCAACAGCUAAUAUUGGUGAAAGCCUUGUUUUCUUGGAAUUUUCCAACAAACGUUUUGUUUUAGUCAUAAUAGACUAGUCAUAGAGUAAACUUCAUGUAAAUAUAAUUUUUAACUUACUUAGAAAGCCUUAUGUAAAUAAAAAAUAUGCAUAUACAUUGAAAAAUA